AUGUUGAUCAAAGUUCGCACACUCACUGGAAAGGAGAUCGAGCUGGAUAUUGAGGCCGACUACAAAGUAUCUCGGAUAAAGGAGCGUGUUGAAGAGAAGGAGGGUAUCCCGCCAGUUCAACAGCGGUUAAUUUACGGUGGAAAGCAAAUGGCCGAUGACAAGACCGCCCAAGAAUACAACCUCGAAGGUGGUGCAACGCUACAUCUCGUCCUUGCUCUCCGAGGUGGUUAUUAA